UGCAAUAUAUGAAGUUUUGAGCUGCAUGUAUCUAUCCUGGUUUUCCAACAAAAUGACCUAAUUAAGCUGUUAGUCUGAAAUGGAAAUCAUAAUUUUGAUAUUGAUCAGAAACUGAUUUUGGGGAGGAUUUUGGCUAAAAUAACACGUCUGCUUGCUUGUUGCCAGGCGCUGGAUGACCAUACCUAAACAAUGUCUGUACCACGUGGAGCUGUCCAUGCAAAAUGGAUAGUAGGGAGAGUAAUAGGAACUAAAAUGCAGAAAACUGCCAAAGUGAGAGUGACAAGGCUUGUGCUAGAUCCGUACUUCCUGAAGUUCUUUAACAAACGAAAAACCUAUUUUGCCCAUGAUCCGUUGCAGCAGUGUGUUGUUGGAGACAUUGUUCUUCUGAAGGCUUUGCCUGAGCGAAGGAGCAAACACGUGAAACAUGAACUGGCUGAAAUUGUUUUCAAGGUUGGAAAAGUCAUAGAUCCAAUAACAGGGAAACCCUGUGCAGGAACGAGAUUCCUUGAAAAUCUGUCAGAUUCAGAAAAUCUGACCGAGGCAGAUACUACGUAUCUCAGUGAAAAACUUCAGGAACUUAAAGUUUGCUCAACAGACAAAUAGGGGAGAAGUAUUUAAACCGAGAGCCCUGCUGUUGUAUGUUACAUGUUUCAGUGAGAUCUGUAGCCCAAAUAAAUAGUAAACAUAGUUGCUUAUAACAAGAGAUAUCAAUCUUAGACAGAUUGAUAGGCACCUCAAAUCUUUAAAUUAAAAUAAGAGAAAACAGUUUAGUGUUAACAGUUCAUUUUGUUGCAUGUAGUUUUUCCCCAAGCCUUGACAGGUCUAAAAGCCAACUGCUCACCUGGAAUGACUCUUCUGUAUGGAGAAAGACAAGAAUAUAACUGUAUAAUGUUUAGGUUUGGUGGGAGGGUUAUACUAUUUGAUCUGUAUUUCAGACAGUUUUUUGUGGUUUCUGGGAUUACUUAAGAUAAUGCUAUUAAACCUUUUAAAAGGAAGUGUAGAAUUAUAAAAC